GUGAUUUAAGAACAAUAAAGGCACAGAAAACAACAAUGACAUCGAAAUUAGCCGUAAAUUUUCGAACUCUCAUAGCCCAGUGCGAAGAAAUGGUUGCGGUCGAUAAGCAGGACUGGCGCUUGAAGAAAUACAUUCGCUCCCUCAAUACCAUGCUGAGCGAGUUGGAGGAAGAUUGUGAGCAUUCCGAAUUAGCGAUGAUAGACGAAUAUAAAAAGCGGUUUGUUGCGCUGAAGCAAUCUGCCAACUACGUCCUCGAAGCCGAUGAAAACAGAUAUAAACUACAAUCGAAACACCGAGGGAACGAUACCGCCGACGAUGUGCUGCGCGAGGUACGACAGAUCAAUAACGAAAAGUAUCAAAAAGAGCAACGCAGCGAACUGUUUAAUGGCAACUUUUCGACGAUACGAAGGCGGGCUGGACAGAAAGUGGCUGAAAAUCUAGAGCAGACGGUGAAACAAUACUCAAACGAGCAGGAGCGGCUGGCGGAAGACAUGCUACGGCUAACAAGGAAUCUAAAAGAGCAAACGGAGACUGCAAACAAAAUUAUCAAAAAUGACACAGAGGUUCUAAUGAAAUCGAGCAAUUUAACGGACAAAAACACUUCGGCGCUGAAAAAGGAAUCCGGAAAGUUGCAAGAAAGCUCGAAAAAGGCAUGCAAAUGUUGGCUGUGGAUGAUGAUUGCAUUUGUUAUGAUGGUGUUUAUUUUUAUGGUAAUGUUCAUGAAAAUUAUGAAAAAGAAGGCGUAUUAAAGCGGCUCAAGACUCGACCACAUAUUUUCUUGCUACUGCAGAAGAUAAGAUUGCGAGACAUGCGAGUGUGCUGCAGGACGUCGUACCCGAUACUGCUGCUUUAUCCAAUGGCGAUUCGCGUAAUAAGCUGAUGACGAAGUGUUUUUUCGGGUUCUUUCGUUGAUUAUUUAAUUAUUCUUUCGUUAAAAACAAAACUGUGUUUUUUUGUUUUACGAGUUAUUGCUCUUUGAAAAUGCCGAAAAAUAGUCCAUUCCACACCGCGGAGGCUUUCACUUGUACACGGACAACUUUAUUGCUUACAAAAAUAAAUUCGACUCGGCACACAGCUCGCGCCUUGCAGAGACAUAACGAAAUUUCGACAACCUGUUGUGCUGCUCACAUUCCAUUGUAGGCAGGUCCGCCACCACCUUCCGGGACAACCCAGUUGAUGUUUUGGGUCACAUCCUUAAUGUCACACGUUUUGCAAUGGAUACAGUUUUGAGCAUUAAUCUGCAGCUUCAUGUUGCCACCUUCAUCAUUCGCCACAAACUCGUAUACACCGGCAGGACAGAAGCGCGCCUCGGGACCAUCGUAGAUUGCAAGAUUAUUCGCCACCGGUAUCGUAUCAUCGCGGAGCGUCAGAUGAGCAGGCUGGUCACCCUCGUGAUUGGUGCCGGUCAGGGCGACUGACGAGAGCAGAUCGAACGUAAUCUUUCCGUCCGGUUUUGGAUACUCAAUCGGUUGGCACUCUUUGGCUGGCCGAAGGCGGGCAUGAUCGGGAGAACCGUGGUGUAGGGUCCAUGGUUCGCGGCCUCCAACAAGAAUGCUGAAACCGCUGUAAGCCAC